UCCCAUUCCCAUUCCCUCACACUCUCUCUUUUCUGUUUUGCUCUCUAUCUUCAUCUUCUCCAACCUUCUUGUUCUUGUCCAAACAUCACAACAAUGGCUGCUCUGGUUGUUCUUAUGCUCAUCUUCUCCAUGGUUGCUCACUCCAGUGGAACAUGGUGUGUGUGCAAGAAAGGUGGAAACGAUAAGGUUCUACAGUUGGCAAUAGAUUACGCCUGUGGUAAUGGUGCAGACUGCACCCAGACAAAACAAGGUGGCAAAUGUUACAACCCAGAUACCGUCACCGACCACUGCAACUAUGCCGUCAACAGCUAUUUUCAGGCCAAGGGUCAAGCCACUGGCUCAUGUGAUUUCAAUGGUGCAGCCAUGGUCACCACCACCGACCCCAGUUCCAAUGGUUGUACGUUUCCUUCUUCUGCCAGUGGUACAACCGUGUCAACUUCACCUGGCAACACGAAAACACCGGGUUCAACAACCGUGACGACAGGCGGCACCACCACUUCUCCUUACGGCAACCCAACCAACACCGGUGUGUUGGGUGGUGGAAUCGGACCAGGGAUGGGACCAUCGGGAGCCGGGAUCAACACAGAUGUUAGCCAUGGGUUCAAGCUACAUCAAGAAACCAAUAGUUUUGUUUUGUUGGCUAUUAUAUGUUCAGCAGUGAUUAUGCUUUUGUGGGGUUGAUGAAUUAUGUACAAGUGGGUAAUGCAUGCAGGAAGGGUAGGUACAAGUGGGUAUUGCAUGUAUGUGUUUGUACUAGUGGUAUUAUAUUUUUAUAUGAUGGUUGUAGGAUAGAGGAAGCUUGCAUUUUGACUUUGGGAAACUGUUGAGGGUCUAUAUUUCUUUUUGGUGUACCUUCCUUUAAUUUAAUUUCAUUACUCUUGUCCUA